CAGGAGAGGCAAUCCGUGGCAGGGGGGCAGUUUAGGGCACAACACCGGCUCCCGGAAAUACACCGACGGCGCGGAUUAAAGAGACUCCAUGUUAGUUCCUAGACAGAACCGGGACUUUUUAAUGUUGUCUUAGUAGCAGCUUAGCUUCUCAACAAGGUAUCUAGUCACUUGAGGGGAGGGGGGAUCAUGGUGCCAAAGAUGACUGAGGAGACAGGAAAUGGCGGAAAAGGCCAAGACGACACCCCAGAGGCUGGGUACCUGAUGGGCGAUGAGGUGGACAGGUGCCCCAUCUGCCUGAACCCGUUGGCGCCGUGCGAUCUGGCUGUGCUGCCCACCUGCUGUCACGUCUUCUGCCUCCGCUGCAUCCUGCAAUGGGCAGAGAUGGUUCCUUCCUGUCCUGUGGACCGCAGGCCAUUCAACACCGUCUACAAAUGGGAUGCUCUGGGUUACGUGAUGAUUCCCGUAAAAACGAAAAGCAGUCAGACUGAAAUACAGACCUGUCACUUCAACAAGGGAGCCGAGAAUGGAAAGGAGAGAGUUUUGAGCAGGAGGGAAGAUGAGAAAAAAUCAGACCGGAUGUCUCAUGGCCAAGUGACUGAACAUACUGAAAAAAAAUGCCUUUCUGGAAACGACUUCAAGCAAGACUCUUCUGCUAUGAAAAACAAGAAGUUAAUGGCAGAGCCCUGCUGUCCUUGGUCCCUGGACCCUUGUCCUGCCUUUCCGGGCCUGGAUACUGGAAAGCGUGUGACCCUGCCGCCAGUCCUUGCAGAGUUGAUCUCUGCGUACGAGCAGGAGUCCAUGGUUCUCCAUAAACGCUGCCACCUGGAGGUCUGGGAUCGCACUCGGCAGCCCAUCACAGCCUCCAUUACCGCCGAGGGCUUCCCCUGGCGGCCCCCCAGUACGCGUGAGAUGAGUAAUGCAGUGUCUCCUUCGGGAUUUCUGUUGCCAGACUCCUCUUCUGAGGCGCAGCAAGUAGGCAGAUGGUUUGCCUUUCAGGGAAAAGUCUGUGCUGUCACUUGUGCAAAAGGGGAGGAGAAAGCAACAAAGACCACUGGAGCCAAAGGCUUGAAGAGUAAACCGGCAGCGCUUCCCACGCGAACGACUCGAAGCAGCAGAACCCGGGAGCUGUCCCCUGCCCAAGACCCGUGUUCUUUGCAGUCCGGGAGCUCUGACUCGAACUCCUCCUUUUCAAACCCGUCUCCCAAGGCUGGCAGUGGUUCCCGAACAAACAGGAAACAGACUGGAAAGAGGAAACCAAAGCAGGGGCCUGAAGAAAAACAGCGUUUCAAGGGUAAUACACGACCAAGGAGAAAAAACAUACAGGAGUCCCAAAACAGCCCAGAGGAUGUCAGUGAUGAAGUGCAGCAAGACUUGGAGGAUGAAGAUGGCGGAGAAGAGGACAGCGAUGAUGCAGAAUUAGGUCCGCGGAUUUCAGAUGGUGAGCAGGUUUUAACCGCAGAGAGUGGUGGGCCUACACAGGCCUGUAACACAUACGAUGGCCCCAAAACCUCGUAUCACUGCUCGGAGGAUGAAGAUGAGGUAGAAAACAUCACCAGGGAAGACCGCAGUCCUGAUGGGGGGGCGGCAGAGUAUCAGACACAGGAAAGCCAGGGAGAAGAAGAUCUGGAGCAUCUGUCUGAUGAUGAGGCACAGAGCAAUCCAUUUAGGAUGGGUGACAUAUCUGAUUUGGAUGAAGAUAGCAAGUGUCUUUCUAACCAGGAUCUGGCAAAUAGCAGUUCACCUUCCUCUUCUGACCAGGAUGAGGUUAAUUUGGAGAGCAUCCCUACAAACGUCAUGUCCUCAAAUGCUGACCACGCUGGUGAUACUGAGAUGCACAUUGCAGAGGAUAUAAAUGAGGAUAUUUCAAGACCAGAGUCUGUAGAAACUGGCUGUGAUGUACAGCCGGAUGACCUCUCAAGAGACCAACCAAAUGAAGACAUUAACAAAUGUACAGUUAUCGAAAAGGCUGAUGAGAACUGCAUAGCUAUAAAAGGAAGCGAUGAUUGUUUAAGUCUUACACAUGGAGUAGAAGAUGAGGAAGGCAAAAAUGAGCAAUCUGAGGACAACAUGGAAAUGGUACCUAUGGAUUGUGACUCCCCAAGUAAUGAUCAUGGCGAAUUAGAAGCUGAAUCGGAGCAGAGAAGUGACAGUGUUCCAAUGCACACAGACUCCAUGACCAGUAGCCAAACUUCUGAGGAAGACAAGAAACCUCAAGUUCAAGGGGACCCCGAGCAGAAUGAGCAGCCUGUGAGCCGGCAACGCAAGUCACGUUUCCAUUCCCCAUCUACUACUUGGUCACCAAAGAAGGAGUCAAAAAGGGAGCCCGAGCAGUCAGAGGCAAAGUCAAAGGACAGUGGUAGCAGUCUUAGGGAUUCCAAAGCGGAGCAGAGAAGAUCGAGAUCCAGGGAUCGCGAUCGUGACUGGGAUCGCAAUGGCAGCUGGUCCUCCAGGUACAGGUCCGGGGAUUGUGGCAGAGAGCGAGAGAAUGGCAGAGAGAGCCAGAAAAGUGACGAAUACAGAAGAAACCGUAAUCGAGAGAGGACGAGUAGAAGGCGUUCAAGAACACGAUCCCGUUCUAGAUCUCGAUCCAGGUCUCGUUCCAGAUCUAGGUCCAGGAACAGGGGGUAUGGCCGAGGUUCGUCGUCAGAACGUGCGGAGCCAGGCGGCCGUUCCCCGAGGAGGAGGGACCGGUGGGCUGGUGAUGACAGGAGGAAUGCUCGGGAGAGCUACAACUCAAGGAGACAUGACCAGGAGAGGCCAGGCAACUCCUCAGGUACAGGCACUGAACCUCAUGAUAAUGGAGCCCUUGCGGAAGCAUCAUUUGACCAGGCCAGAGGGGAAAACCCAGAAUGGGUGAAAGAAAAAAUGGCAAACAGCUCAGAGGAUUGCAGUAGAAGCAGAGGCUUGAACUCUUCUCAGUGGGAGGACAGUUGCAGUAAUGGUGCGGGAGACAAUUGGUCUCGCAACGCUCAUCAAGGAGGUACUGCUCCGGAGUGGAGACGCGGUGCCGGAUGGAGCCAAAGAGGCUCUCUGCAAAAAGGCGACGUAGCACAGAACCGGUGGCAGCCAAGAAACUCUUCUUUCUCAGGAACUUCAAACAAUUCAGGGAAUGACUCGUACUCGCGAUUCAACGAGAAUCGCCUUAACAGGAGGACUGUGGAACAGGAGCAUCCAGAGCCCCCUAUUGACCGUUCUGGCUGGUCCUCUGCCUCAAACUGGGCCGUGUGCCGGACUCUGCCUGCAGACGUGCAGAAUUAUUACUCCAGGCGGGGGCGGGGCUCGAGUGGCUGGAGCAGACAGGAUGAAGAGAAGCCAGCGCAAGAACCCACUCAGGGCGACCUGAACGCUCAGGGAGGUGGAGGUCCCCAGGUGCCCCUGAGUGUGGCGCACCACCUCCCGAUGCCCCAGGCCCCAGCCCCCCCCCCGACCGCGGCUCCCCUGCUGCCCUUUCCUGUGGGCACGCACCCCCAGCCCCUCAAGCUCCCCCCAGCCCCAUUUACUGUGCCCCACCAGGUCCCCAUGUUCCUCCACCCUAGCGUCCCUCUGCUGCAGGUGCCGGUGGGGGUCUCACAGGGCGUCCCCCCACCCCCGCCACCACCCCCUCCCAUACAGCAAGCAGACAGCCAGACAGUACAGAAAGCGGCAGGCAGCAGCAGGUCUGGGGCUUCUCUCCCCCCCCACAGCACGGCCCAGGGGGCACCGGGCGCCGCCCUGCCUUCCUCCACCACUCAGCCGCGCUCUGGUGACAGGCAUCGUGCUGAGAUGCAUGCAGACAGCUCUAAGAAGGAAAAGAAGCUGCAGAUUCAGGAAAAGGCCAUCCAUGAAGUGAAAAUGGCCAUCAAACCCUACUACCAAAACAAGGAUAUUACCAAGGAGGAGUAUAAGGAAAUAGUGCGAAAAGCAGUGGAGAAGGUUUGCCAUAGCAAAAGUGGAGAGGUGAAUUCCGCUAAGGUGGCAAACCUGGUCAAGGCCUACGUCGACAAAUACAAGCAUGGACGCAAGAAGUCUGACGAACUUAAGUUCUGAACGAGUUUCCCUCCGACCAUUCUGAGAAGUGCAAUUUCCACCAGCUGUAUGUUGAUAUCCAUGUCUUUUGAUAUCUCCUACCUUAAUGAAUAAAGAUUUUCUAUAGAGUUCAUAUUUUGUUUAAAAAUUAUCAAAUUGUAAAUUAUAGUAUUAAAACACUUUAUUUUAAAUAGAUAUGGUGAAUUGGGAACUGCUGUAUUUCUCUGCCCCCUCACCCCCCCCCCCCCCCAUAGUAGCUUGAUUAUUGAUUAGCGAGUCAUGCCUGUGUGUCUUGGUUUAUUAGGAUUUGUACAAAAUAGCAAUGAUUGCGCUGGUAGCUGAUUCAUACAGGAGCCGUUUAAUCCUCCAUUAACUUUAGACUUAAGUUACUGGCUUUUUUAUGAACUGUAAUCCUCACUCAGAAUGUUAUUCCCUUACAAUGUCUCCCAGAUGUGCUGUGUGAAUGCUUAUGUGAUCCAUAGAGCAAUUAAAUAAUUCAUCUGCUGUCUUA